CGAUACCUGCAGACCCCACUGAGCUUCAAGGCAAAUGAUUCCCAACGAAACGUUGGAGCUAGGUGAGCUGGACAACGAGGUGCAGUUGUAGGGCAGCAACUGUCAGGCCAAACAGCUUGACACAUCUUAACUUCGAAUUUUCUGUACCUCCUCACCCGUUUCAUCUUCAACCUUGCCAGUAACAGUUUCAAAUCGAAUUAUCUUCUUCUUCGACUGAUUAUAGUGUCUGUUGAGACGAGAUGGGUGACGGAAAUACCUUUGACAACAAAGACAACACGGUUCACAACCAGGCUGGUAGUCAAGUUGUUUAUGGCAGUAUCUAUAAUAAUACUUUCUAUGCCUAUGAUCAAGAUGGCGCACGGCAUAUUGCUGAGGAUAAGUCUCAUCUUGAUCAGAAGCUCCUAGAAGCAGCCGCUAAAGGGGAGACUGCGAAAGUGGAACAUCUACUGGACAACGGCGCAAACGUUUCGGCCGCGGAUUCGCAGGGUCACACAGUGCUUCAUGUCGCUGCAUCUGGCGGACACGCUGAUAUUAUCAGCAUCCUAUUGCGGCGAGGGGCUGACAAAAAUGCGAGAACCCGCUCUAAUUACCGUCCUUCGGAGCUCGCCAGGUUGCUUGGUCAUAUCCCCCUUGCGAACAAGCUGGAGCUGAAUUUACUAUGAGAGAAAGACCACCUAGAUGGUAGACCGCAAAUCUAUGAAUCAUUAAAUAUAGUCUUGU